CCAUGCAUGUGGACUGCAGAGGCUUGGACUCCCCGCAGCCUGAAAGCCUGAAUUUAUGAACCGAGCGACGGAUUAGGGUAGCUGAAUUGACGAAUGGCAGUCGACCGAGGGGGCAGCGUCGCGGCGACACGGCGGGCAGCCCCUCAGCAGCGGCUGCCACACGGAUCAUGAGGCGGCGCACGCGCGCGCUCCUCCUGGCCGGGGCGGUCGCCGCCCGCGUCCUCGACACGCAGCGCGCCGUGUCGCUGCCCGUCGACUCGGAGCGCCAGCGCGUCGUGACCGUCGACGCCUCGCCCCUCGCCGUCAAGCGGGCGCUGCGGCGCUACGACGCGCGGAGUCACAAGGUCUGCGGCGCCGUCGUCGCCAAGGCCCACCGGCGGCACGAGCGGAACCAGGACGGGCUCGGCGCCCAGGUGCUGCGCGCGGACCAGCUGGCUCCAUUACUACUCGCGCACGCGCUGACGGGGCUGCGCAUCGCGUGCCGGUCGCACGAGUGGGACUUCGGGCAUGCUUAUGGAGAGGAGGGCGCCAUGGCGUUGUUCGGGUGCGGCCGCGAUGACCGGGGCGGGAUGGCGGGCGUCGGCGUCUUCGCGGCCUCCGCGGCCUUGGAUCGGUUGCUGGGCGUCGAUGAGACGGAGCCUCGGGAAACAUCUUGGGUCCAGCGCGUCUUCUCGCGGUUCCAGCCAGCGCCGGCGCCCGCGCCGGUUGUCACAGUCGUCAACCCCCGGAUCUCCAUCGAACGGCGCGACGCCUUCCUGGCGGCCGUGCCGCUGCUCAAGCCCUUGCAACGAGGCGAGGCCAACGCGUCCUUCGCGUGCGCGGCGUACGACGUCUACUGCGUCAAGGUCUCGGCGGCGUGGUCGAAGAACGUUUCUCUCACCAGCGUCGCCGGCGCCCACAGCUUCCAGCUCGCGCGGAAGGUGCUCCGGCCCCAGUUCGAUUUGGUAAAAGCAGCGCGGCCGCGGCCGCUGGACGUCUGGGGCAACGCCACCGUGCGCGUCGCGCUCCACGUCCGCCGCGGCGACGUCAUGCCCGUGGACAAGGGUGAUCGCGGCGCCCGCGAGGGCGCCGCCUGGGGCCUGCCCCUCAAGGCCCAGUGCAAGGCCGUCGAGCUCGCCGCGUACUGGCCCUGUCUCCGGGCCUACCUGGAGAGCCGCGCGAACGAGACGGCGCGCGUCGUCGUCGUCUCGACCGCGGGCCGCGCGGACCUGCCCGGCGCCGACGACGCGCCCGUCGCGGACGUCGCGUACCUCGCCGACCGCCCGCCGCCGCCGUGUGUUUCCUGCGUCCUGUUGGUUUUUGUGUCUUCGUCCUUCUGUCGCGGUGCCGAGCCCACGGAGCCGAUGUUUGAGACGGGCCCCCGAAGACGCCAUCGACGCGGCACGCCAUCGAUGCGGGGCCUGAUGACUCAGCGACCACGAGAGACAUACUACCGUAUCACACGCCAUCGAUGCGAUCAAACCCGUCAACGUUGUGCACGCAGGCGGGCGACGCCGCGGUCGAACGCGCACGUCGAUGCGAUCGCGCGCGAUUUGGACGUGAUGGCGUCGGCGACGGCCAUCUUCUUCUCGCCGGCCUCGUCGAUGGCCCUGCUCGGCGCCGCGCUCGCGCCCGAGGACGUCCACCUCUUCGAGGUGUGUUUUGCCGCGUCCUUUUGUCCUUUUCGAUUUGUUGUUCUCGGGACUUGCGCCGGCGCCCACUGGCUCGGAGCCUACUUCGGAGCCGCGCCCGCGGGCCUCCGACGCGAGAGAUACCCCCCAGACGCCAUCGACGCGAUCUCACGUCGUCGCGUACCCACGCAGGUGCGGAGCCACGCGAAGGGCUGCGGGGGCGUGGGCGCCGCAUGCCACCGGCUGAAGAGCCACAAGCGGGGCGGCGGCGUGUAUACGGCGUCGUCGCCGUCGUCGCUUCCGAGCUAACCCAGGUCACAAC